AUGAACGCUGUUAGGUGUUUUGUAGGUAAGAAACAGAAAGACAGGGAUAAAUUCCUACCUCAAAUCACUAGUGCAAUUCGGGCAACAGUUUCCCGCAGUACGAAUUGUACUCCUAAUAUGAUGAUGCUUGGUCGUGAAGUCACGACCCCUCCAGAUCUUAUGUUCGGGUCAGACCUGAGGGGUGCUAGCUCCGACCAGGUCUCAUAUCCAAUCCGCUUGACAGCGAAUAUGCGACUGGCGCACCAUACCGCCAGAACCCAUCUCAAAGCAAUGCAGAGGGGGAAUAAAAGGAAUUAUGAUCUUAAACUCCUAGAACGCCCCUACUCUGCGGGUGAUAAAGUCUACGUACUGGACCAAACAGUGGCUAAGGGAAAGAGCGCGAAAUUACGCUCACCCUGGAAAGGUCCAGGAAUCAUCAUAGAAGUCCUCGCACCGUACGCGUUUCGCGUACGUCUACGAAAUGCAGUCAUGGUGACCCACCAUGACAAACUUAAACCUUGUCAAGACCGUGAAUUGCCGAAAUGGAUCGCUGAAUUCGAGCGAAAUCCCUCUACCGCGGACGACGGAGAGGCGGACGACGACGAUCAACUCUAUUGCCUCUGCCAGAGACCGUGGGAAGAGUAG